AUGGUCUCCGUUGUCCUGGCUGGGGGCUCUGGAGGGCUGGGCCGCGAGGUUCUCCUCGCCAUACGAGCGACGGGCAAACAUCAUGUCAAAGUCUUUUCGAGAAAGCCAUGCCCUGAUAUAGCAGACCUGGGUGUGGAGGUGGUCCAAGUCGACUAUGCCGACCCAGAGCAUUUGGCAUCCAGUCUCAAUGGAGUGCAUACUGUGUUGUCGUUCGUCCUAGACAAUGAAACUUGCAACGUGCAGAGACCCCUCGUCGACGCCUGCGUGAAAGCGGGGGUCAGGCGGUUCGCUCCCAGCGAGUGGGCGUGGGCCCCUGAUGGAAACCCCGUGUUUCGCUAUAAAGAGAACAUGCGCAAAUAUCUCGAGGAGAUCAACACUCCCGUGCAGAAACUCGAGUACACCCUCUUCCAGCCCGGCUGGUUCAUGAACUACCUGACGUAUCCACGGAGCUCGUGCAGAUAUUUCCACCAGACCUGUGUAUGGAUCGACCUAAAUGCAUGCCAGGCCCUGGCAGUGCGGGAUGCGGAUCCCUGGAUCGCUCUCACUACAGUCCAGGAUACGGCUCGCGUCGCUGCACUGGCGCUCGACGAUCCCGUCGCGUGGCCGGUGGCCGGUCAUAUUGUGGAAAGCAGGAUAAAGCUGCGGAACUUGAUUAAGUUGGCAGAGAGAAUGCGAGGGCGUUCAUUUGACGUGCAUGAGGUUGACAUUGCUGAUAUUGAAAAUGGCAAACUGAAGUCUUCAUGGCUCCCACCAACCACCCAUCCCACGGCUGGAAGCUCCAGUGACUUUGCAGAGGCGAUGGCGUGUCUGUGGCUGUCGUCUGCCAUCCACGGAGCCAUGGACGGAUCGCCCAUCUGGAACGAGCGAUUGCCAAAUUUGCAGCUCACUGAUGCGGAAUCGUUUCUCUCUGAAUGGUACAAGGACGUAUGA